AUGGCGGACGUCGUACAGUACAAGCUGGAGCGAAUGCUGAAUGAGCUGGACGAUUUAGAGCGGCGUGGUUUGUUUAAUCGGCGGGAGAUAGCCGAGAUAGUGAAGCAGCGCCGGAAGUUCGAGUAUCGGCUGAAGAGGCCGAGUCCGUUGAAAGAAGAUUUUGUGGCUUACAUUGACUAUGAAAAGAGGCUGGACGAGUUGCGGCUUCUACGGAAGAAAGCAAUGUUGAAGCAAAGCGGCGGGAAGAGCAAAAAUUGGAAGAAAUCAGUGUCGGACUACGCCGGAACAGCGAGAAUCGUUGAUAUAUAUCGGCUGGCUACAACUAGAUUUAAGGGAGAUAUUCAGCUCUGGUUUCAGUAUUUAGAAUUCUGUAGGCAAAAACGCAAUGGGAGAAUGAAAAAGGUAUGUAAAUUUGAAAUUAAAUUGUGUAUGGAAUGGUGCAGCUUUGCACUGGCCCAAGUUAUUAGAUUUCAUCCAAAAGUGCCUGGGGUGUGGAUAUAUGCUGCUGCAUGGGAGUUUGACCACAAUUUGAAUGCUGCAGCUGGUCGUGCUCUCAUGCAAAGAGGUUUGGGAGCUUGUCCAAAUUCUGAGGAUCUAUGGGUAGAAUACCUCCCCAUGGAGCUCACAUAUCUAAAUAAGUUAAAGGCUCGAAAGGUUGCUUUGGGAGAGGAUGAUGGAACAUUACUGCGCGAUGCCAAACUUGACGACAAAAAUGCCGAUGAGAAGUCAAAUGAGGAUGUAGAUCUCCUUCGAAAACAAGGUUUGAGCAUUUUUCAAACAAUUUGUAGUGGGGCAAUUGAAGCACACCCUUCCAGUUUUGGGUUAAGAAUUAGAUUUCUUGAGAUCCUAGAUGCAACAGACUUAGCUCAGUCAGAUAGUAUGCGGGAUGAGAUACUUGCAGACUUACAAAGGGACUUCUCAAAAGUGUUGAGUGUCUUUUUAUGGUUUCCCAGGAGAGAAAAUUUGCUUCAGGAUUUUGUCUUUGCUUUAUACGAGGAGGGUUUGAGGGUUCUGUCUUCAGUUCCUUUGUUCAACUUUUAUGUGAAGUUCUUAGUGGAUGCCAUCAGUCACAAAUUUUCAGACACCCAAACUUCAGCUGAUUCCGGUGAACCUGGACAACUCACAGGUCCUGUUUUUCAUUUAUUGAGGGUAUAUGAAAAAGCAGAAAACUUGGGGUUGCUCUCUGGGGAUCUUGCUUUGCCAUUAUGGACAUUGUAUAUUUCAAUCAACAUGAGAUGUCUAGAUAACCCGAGCAAGGAUAAUUUGUCGUCCCUGUUUGAUUUCCUGAAAAAUGUCCUUACCGAGGAGGCCAGUUCAACAUCUGAAGCCUUGUGGCUUAUGGCCUUCAAAUAUUUUGGUUAUCACAGAAGUUAUUUUGAGAAGCUAAUAGAAGUCUCCAUGGUUUCUUUGGCCAAACAUGGGGGAAGUGAUAAUGGAUUUUUCCUUACUUGCAGUAAUGAGAAAUGGUGUGGACUGCGCUGCUUGUUUUGUACUCAUCAAUGAUCAGCGCAUGUAUGACCGAACCAGGAUAUUUGGUACGAGAUUCUCCUAAGAGUGUCACCCAAAUAUAUCUUCAGAUACAUGCUAGUUUCCAAGGAAUGGCUGGAAUUGAUAACGAGUCAUUCUUUCCGGAAAGAUUACACGAGGAGAUGGGAAAUUGAGGGUUCCACAAUGGUGGGAUUCAUGAUUUGCGACCCGGGGUACACCGAUAUUCCUCGAAAGUGGUACCCUUUACCGCCAUCAGUUCAAUUGUUGGCUACGAGCGAAAUAGGGCGGGCUCUAAACCGAAGCAAAUUGAUGAAGAGGGCGGGUUAUUUCAUGGCCGCCACACCCAACGGCCGCUUCAUACUAUCGGCUGUUCAUCCAAGGAAAUAUUAUGUGUCUGAUCUGGUAACCCGGCAACGCAUCAAAUUGCCUCCACCUCCCAAGUAUUAUUCUAAGAAUAUCUCCACAGCCAUCUUGGAGCAGCAGCAGCAGCAUCAGUUUAAGGUGAUAGUUGCGAAUACCGGUAACGCCGCAUUGUUGAUUCAGACCUUCUCUUCAGUCACUGGAGAGUGGGAGCAAUCCGUGCUCACUUGCCCUACUGGUUUUGCACUCCAAAGUGGGUUUGUUGUGAAGGUGAUUGAGGAUGUCGUCUAUUGGCGGGUUGAAAUCGUAGAUGGAGGCUACCGCCAUAUAGCUCCUCAUCAUACUAAUGGGAGGAGGCGCAUGAUCAAUUUUAUUAAACUCCCACGGGUUGGUGAGGGGUACAGCGGAGCAGAGUAUGACGAAGACACUCCAACUAUUAUCUGUCUUUUUGCUGAAUCUUUUGACGCCUCCCCUCAAGGCUUUCUUCGGUACGUUGCUGGCACUUCAACAUGCUUCAAAGUUUGGGUUCUUCUUAAUCACAACUCUACCGAAACUAAUUCCUCCACUAUUGAUCCAUGGAAAUUGUGCUACCGGGUGGUUCUUGAUUCUAUUUGGAUCAACAAUUUAGACGUGUUACUACCCGCGUCGUCGUCGUCGUCAUCGUCAUCCACGGCUACAAUUAUGCCGAACCACCAGAGGCCCAAAACAGCAUUUGCAGUUGUAUCAUUUGUUCCAGGAAGAUCAAACUGUAUUUUCGUGAGAUGGGAAAAAAGAUAUUUCAUCUACCAUUUAGAUACCCAGCAGUUGGAAACAUUCCCUUGUUACCUCGAUGAUGAUUAUGGUUUUCCAUUUUGUUCUAAGUUCUGCGGGGUGGUGGAGGAUUACCAUCCUUUGACACUAUCGUCUAUUUGGCCUUUUCUUCCUUUGGUCGAAACCGAUAAUGUAGGCAGGAUAAAAGUAUGAGCUUGUAUUCAAAUAGCUCAAAUUUAGUCUUCUUUGUUAUGGUUAUUAUUACCAAUUGUUUUAUGUAUCAGUCCUACAAACUAUGCUGUUUAACUAUCUAUGUUUCUA